AUGGCGGGCCUUAAAGGUGCUUCGCAGGCGCUUGGCGGAGAAGACUUUCAACCUUCCACCGAUCACCAAGCCUCCGAGGUGCCAGAACAACGACAAGAUCCUGACAACCCUCUCGCCGAUAUGCCUCCCGGUACCAGACUACGGUCCAAUGCCCAGCGGCGCGAGGCUGACCUCAGCUCGGUGUUGAACCCGACCGAGAAGGUCGAGCUGACGGCGCUCGUAACUAGGGUGACCGACACGAUGCAACACCAAUUGACCCGACCAUUCGACCCCGCCCCCACUGGCGACAAGAACGAGACUUUGUCCACUGCAUCGUGGGGUCGGCUGCCCUACCACCUCAAGGACUUGAGUUUGGAUGACCCUUUUAGCCCUCUUAACACGAUCAAAACCCAGCCCAGCCAACCGGAGAAUCUCGCGCCCCCCCGCCCCAAGAAGGUUGGCCGGGCCCGAGACAAGCGCAACGCUGCCGCUGCCCCCGCUGCCCCGGCUGCUUCCGAAGGCCCGAAACAGGAUGAGGAGGAGGUUAUUCCGCUCGUGCCGGAGCUGAGAAAGGAGACUCUCGCGCACUUUAAAAAGUGGCAGGGAAGCGUCCACCGCAGAAUCGGUGAGAUAACUGUAAAGAAAGCGCAACACAACGGCUCAGCUUCCGCCGGCCAGCGAGGCCGUAUGCCUCCCAACAGGAAGGGCAAGUCGAAUGGACCCAAAACCACCAAUGGCCCGGGCAUUAACCUCCAGGACGACCCCGUGUUGAUGCAACUUUUCCCACCCGUUUCAACAACCCUGACCUCAUUAUCCGCUGAGAAACGAUGCCUAAUCCUGCACGCGAUGCUCUUGCUUCUGCUCUCAAUGGAGAAUUAUGGGGCUUAUGCUCGAGUGUUCCUUCAAUAUAUGGCCUCCGCUCUCCAGGUCCCUCUCCACGUGGUGAUCGACGACGAGACGAGGGUCUGCGAAGCCUUGGCUCAGAUGGCCACAGACAUUCCACCCGAGCUUCUUGUUCGUCCGAAAAACGAGGACGGCAAGCCCGUGAGAAGAUGGAGAACCGGACUGAUUGCUGCCCCCGCUGGGGUUUCCCCUCGUGGAGGGGGUAUAGCGACGGCGCUCGAAGUAGCACGAAUCGGAUCUGUCUUUGGGGUCAACGGAAUCCCGGUCGCGACAGCGGCGUCUCUUCUCGGUAUCAUGGGCGAAAACAGCCUUUCCGCGGGCUCGCUGUUCGGCAUCUACACGUCCAGGCAUACGGGCAAGACGAUGGAGCACUAUCUCAAAGAUGUGGGCGAUUUUGCUUUCCUCCCGCUUCGAGGAUCGACCGGCGAAGGACCAGAGCUCGGCAAAGUGAAGCCCGACAGCCGCCGGCUCCGCGUCGUCCUGGGGAUCAGCGGAUGGUUGCCCAGUAAAGACAAGGCUACCAGCCCCUGGGAAUGCUUGGGGGAUCAGAGCGAGGUAUAUGCCGUCCAGUGGGAAAUCGAUGCGCUGUGCAAGCUGGGCGGGUCGUUCGAUAUUUUGGUGCGGAGUGUGGCGUGGUCUAUGACGAAGAAGGAAAUUAUUUCUCGGCCGAAUGGGCCUCGUUUCAGCCUUUCCAACCCCCAAUGGCCCGCGAGUCUCCUCAGAAUCAGCAAGAUUAUCGACAACAACUGGUGCAAUGCGAUGGUUCGUGCCGACAAGCUCGGGUCUGCUCUGGCUGACGUCCUUAUCAGUAAGGCCCAGGGUGAAAGGGGUGUUUCGUUGAUCGGUUUUAGCCUUGGUGCCCGCGCCAUUUAUUCGUGUCUGAUGUGCUUGGCUGAGAAGCGGGCGUUUGGGCUUGUCGAGAACGCUAUCAUGAUGGGUACCCCAGCACCCUCUGACGCGUUCGUGUGGUGCACAAUGAAGAGCGUGGUAUCGGGUCGACUGGUGAACGUAUAUUCGGAGGGUGACUAUAUCCUGGGGUUUUUGUAUCGAACCUGCUCCCUCGAGUUUGGUCUCGCGGGCGUGCAACGCAUUCCCGAGAUAGAGGGUAUCGAGAACGUGGAUGUCACUGCUGAGGUCAGUAUCCACCCGAGAUAUCAAUACCUCGUCGGCAGUAUCCUGCGGCACAUUGGCUGGGAUGACACAGACGGCAAUCAGAUUUCCCGAGAUGAAGCGGACAUGUCGUCCUACGAAGAUCUCAUCCGACAGCACGAGGAACGACGGGAUGCAGUGGAAGCCGCUAAGGUGGAGGUCAAGAAAGAGGAUGAGAACGACCCGAGCAUCAUCCGGACAAGGAUGCGAAAGAAGAACAGGAAGUGA